AACGUGCCGGUGCCGGUGCUGGUGCGCCCUCCCCUCCCCCUCCUCCCGCGCCACCACGCACACUCUGGACGCGCGCUGGCUGGCAGUCGUGGCAGCGGCAGGGCGUCGCCACCAACCGCUGCUAUAAUAAGUCUAUUAAACACACACACACCGCAGGCUCCAUCAGAUCCACCACUCUAGCAGCAAGCAGCUAGCAUCAUGGCACGCCUCGCCAUCCUGUUGGUGCUCCUGGCGUCGUCGUCGGCGCUGUCCGCGGCGCAGAAAGCCGCGACGACCAAGGCGCCGGCGACGGCGAAGGCCGCGCCAGGUCCAGCAGCGUCGUCGUCGGGCGGCGGCGCGGCGGACGCGGCGCCACCGACGGACAUCAACAAGGCGCUCAAGGACGAGCAGUUCAGCGAGUUCAAGCAGCUGCUCCACGACACGCGCGUGGACACGCAGAUCAACGCGCAGCUGACGGACAGCUACAACGGGCUGACCAUCAUGGCGCCCACCAACACGGCGUUCGACAAGAUGAAGGCCGGCGUGCUCAACGGGCUGUCGCCGCAGGAGCAGAUCCAGAUGGUGCUCUACUGCGUGCUGCCGCGCUUCUACAGCCUCUCCAUGCUCGGCACCCUCGACGGCAAGGUCAACACGCAGGGCUCCGGCCACGACGGGCCUUACAAGUACGACAUCAAGCGGUCGGGCAACAACGUCAACAUGUCCACGGGCGUCAACUGGAUGCUGCUGGGCAGCCCCGUCAGCAAGGAAUUCCCGCUCGCCAUCUACCCCGUCGACAAGGUGCCGCUCCCCUACGAGCUGUUCGGCCCCAAGCCGCCCACGCCGGCGCCCGCGCCCGCACCCGCGCCGGCCAAGUCCAAGACCAAGAAGAAGAAGAAGUCCGCGGGCAUCGCCGAGCCGCCCACCGCCGACGACGACACCUCUACCUCCGACGACCAGAAGGCGGCGGCCGCGCCCGGCGUUGGCGCGCCCACCAGGUGGGUCACUGCCGCGCUCUCCGUGCUCGGCGCCGCUGUCCUCGGCGGCGGCCUCUUCUAAUGGGAAGAGGAGGAGGAGGAUAGAAUCAAUGCAUCAUCAGAUCACACGGCGGCGCGCGGUACGGCGGUGGCGGUGGCGCGGUGGUGGCGUGUGAUCCAUGGCGAUCUCACCUGCGCCGUGCAUUGCCAUGCAUCUUGCACGCACGGUCGAUAUGAUCAUAGAGUUGGUGUGCCCGGCCGUACAAUCUCAGCCCAUUCAUCCAUCCAUUAUUGAUCCCUGUACCCCAUCCAUGCAUUUGUGCUGCUGCGUGUGCGUGCGUUUGUCCACCAUCGGCUUUAUUCUUUCUCCUCUCUUUUUCUUUUCUUCUGGGGGAUUUUUCUUGGUGAUUUGUAUUUGUAACUUAAUGUGAUAUACACUAGUAGUGCUUCUUCUUUCAUUUCA